AUGGCUAAAAGAACGUUGGAAGAGGCCGUGGCGCAGGAGGUUGAGCUGAAAGCUCUCGAAAAUCCUUCGGUCCAAAACGGGAACUCUGACUCCGAAUCUGACGAUGACGAGGACGAAGAUGAAGAAGCCGAAAAUGGUGAUGAACAAAAUGGACAAGACUCCUCUCGUCCAGAAAGACCCACCAAAAAGCAGAAGAAGCAGUUGACUGCUCAAGACGUUCAGAUGGCGCGAGAAGCCGCUGAGUUGUUCAAGUCUAACAUCUUCAAAUUGCAAAUUGAUGAACUUGUCAGUGAAGUCAAAAUCAAAGAAUCACACGUUGCCAGAGUGGAAAAGGUGCUCCAUAGACUCCAUAGCUGUAUCCUGCAAGUGCAGCCGCUCGAUAAUCUCACUUUGGAGGAGGCAGAAAGCCACUUCAACCCUAAGAAAGUCACCAUCCCCUUCCCAGAUCCAAAACCUACAAAAGUCAACUAUAAGUUCUCUUACUUGCCGCCCGAGGACGUCUCACUUGUGGGGUCUUUCGGUUUGAAGACGGGAAUUGCCCAGCAGAAUGGUCUGGCUAUCGAUAUCUCCUUGACCAUGCCUUCAUCUUUGUUUCUGCCUAAGGACUACUUGAACUACAGAGCAUUAUAUAAGAGAAGCUUCUACUUGGCUUAUUUAGCGGAGAGCCUCAUUCCCUUAACGAAAAAGAACAACUUGCCUGUGAAAAUCGCAUACACAUACUUGAAUGACGACGUUCUUAGCCCGGUUCUCACUCUCCACAGUAUCAAAACCGACAAUGAGGAGGACUUGCACUUUGACAAGACAAAGUUUUCCAUCAACUUAAUCGUGUCCUUUCCCUUCGGCGUCUUUGACACCAAGAAGCUCUUGCCCGAUAAAAAUUGCAUCCGAGUCCAGUCAGACUCUGAGGUACUUCCGCCUACACCAUACUAUAACUCGUCUAUCGUGUCACUGAUGACUUGCGACUACUAUUUGAAGUUCCUCUAUGCUAAUAAGAAGUCCGCCGAAGCCUUCAAGGACGCAUGCACAUUGGGUCGCUUGUGGUUGCAGCAAAGAGGCUUUGGCUCUGCCAUUUCAGGCGGAGGUUUUGGUCAUUUUGAGUUUGCCAUCCUUUUGGCUGCUCUUUUGAACGGUGGAGGAACCGCAGGAAACAAGAUCCUUUUACAAGGUUUCUCUUCAUACCAAUUGUUUAAGGGUGCUGUCAAAUAUCUUGCAUCCAUGGACUUGUCCUCUGGGUAUCUUUCUUUUUCCAGUGAGUUGGGUGAAUCCAAUUCUUGCAAGUACAACCCUGAUGCUGGAUUCAACACUCCUACUAUUUUUGACAGAAGUGUGAAGUUGAAUAUUUUAUGGAAGAUGACGAAGUCUUCCUACCAGGCAUUGCGUCUACACGCCAUCAACACAUAUAACCUCCUUAACGAUGUGGUUUACGAUCGUUUCGAUGCCAUUCUUUUGCAGAAAACCGGAAUUGACAGCUUGAAAUAUGACCUAGUCUACGACUUGACCAUUCCUGAAGAUAUGUAUGAGUCUUUUGGUGCCUUGGAGAAGAUCUCCUUCAUUACUUUCGACAACUAUGUGAAACACAAGGUGUAUGCCAUUUUGAAGAGAGCGUUGGGUGAGAGAGUUACCAGUUUGGAAGUCAUGAAUGACCAGACCAGCAGCAACUUUCCUCUUACCAAGAGAAAGCCAUCAUCUCAUCACAGCAAUAAGUACACUGUUGGAGUUGAGUUGAAUUCGGAUGAAUGUGACAAAUUGGUGACCAAGGGACCUAAUGAUGCUGAUAAAGAGGAUGCUGCCAAGUUCCGUUCUUUUUGGGGAUCCAAGGCUACUCUCAGAAGAUUCAAGAACGGUACUAUUCAGCACUGUGUAGUUUGGGAUAACAAGGAGAACGAGCCAUUAGUUUCGCAGACUGUUUCUUUUGCUCUCAACACACAUGUGCACCCACUUAUUUCGCAGCAUAUUUCGUGCAAUGCAGCUCUCUUCAACAGCAGAUUGCCCACUCCACUGGUUGCGGCAGCUUCAAGCCAGGGUGUUGCUUUUACUGGAACUUUUACUCAUCUCAAAACCUCGUUUGAGGACUUGUGCAAGGUCAUGUAUAACUUGGAAUUGCCACUUGGUAUUAAGUCGCUCCUUGCAGCUUCGCCAGCAUUAAGAAACACUUCAAUGUUGCAACCUGUUCCAUUUGCAGUUUCCAACCCAGAUUUCUGGAACGAUGUGAUCUUGCAAUUCGAGACUUCGUCUAGAUGGCCAGACGAAAUAAAGGCUUUGGAGAAAACAAAGGCAGCCUUCUUGAUCCGUAUUUCGGAAACAUUGAAUAGAGACUCCACUUACAGAACUUUUCUCACCAAGGAUACAUCUAUUCCGUUUAAUGAAGACAUCACAUUGUUGAAUAUCUUGACUCCUGGUGGCUAUGGUUUCAGAUUCAGAGUUCUCAGCGAAAGAGACGAAGUCUUGUACUUGAGAGCCGUGGCCAAUGCUGGUACCCAGAAGGCUCUUGUCCAGAGCAUCUACUUAAAGUUCAACCAGAAAUACAUUGGACUGGUCAAACACACCAGAACCAUCAACAUUCUUCUGAGCAGUUUCCCUUACUAUUCUCCUACUGUGAGACUUUUCAAGCAAUGGUUGGACGCACACUGUCUUUUGCGUCACUUUACUGACGAAUUAGUCGAGCUCAUUGCAUUGAAACCAUUCGUUGAUCCCGCUCCAUACACUGUUCCCAACUCGGUUGAGAAGGGAUUUCUACAGAUUGUGAGCUUUGUUGCCAACUGGAACUGGAAGGAUGAGGCCUUGAUUUUGGAUCUCAUCAAGAGAGCAGAGGCUACGGUGGAUGAGUUGGAGAAUAAAUUGAGUGACAAGUUGACCAUUCAGGCAUUCCAAAUUAUUCAAUCUAAUUUUGAGAAGAUCCGGAAAAGCGAUCCAUCUGGAAUGAAAACUCAAUUCUUUGUUGCUUCCAGAGACGAUCCUUCCGGAAUCUUGUGGUCCAAUGAAGUCACUCUACCUAUUGCCAGCAGAUUGACUGCCUUGGCCCGUGCGGCAGUCCAAUUGAUGCGUCAACAAGACAUCACAAAGACCACCAUUGACCUAUUCUUCACACCAGCUGUAAAUGAUUUCGACUUCUUCAUCAAGACAAAGGCCUCCGACAAAUCGAUGGGAAUUUCCAAGCCCGGCGAGUUCAAAAACUUGGCAGUUCAUGGAACUUCUUUCCCUGAAGAUAUCACAUCCAAGUAUGAUCUUACUACGAUGUUGGUCGAUGAGCUCAACAAGAAAUUUGGAAAUAUCAUAAUCUUCUCCACAAGAAAAUGCCCAGCCAUCUUUGACAAGGCUGAGAGCAUUGUGUGCGGAGUUUUCGUGCCGUCCGCUUUGUCCAAGAAAAAGUUCAGAGUUAGUUUGGGUGUGGAUGUCAAGCCCACUGGUGAAGGUGACGAUGUGCAAUUGAACAAACAGGAUGUUUUCGACCAAAUCACACUUUUGGGAGGUGAUCUUAUUAAGUCGAUCAAAAUCCGCAAGUAA